AAAACAAAUCAACAUGGAGCAGAAGGAAACAAAAUAAAAGCGAAACAAAGAGCCUCAUGAAAGCAUGGAGAGUAAAGCUAUGAUUACAAUGAUGUGACUCAAGAAAAAAAAACCAUUUACCUCAUCAUAUUUGGAUUUAGCAAGUAGCAGAAAACAAACCAUAAACCCUGUAAUGAAUGAUGCUGUAACUUGAAACACAAGAAGCAAAAGAACAUAACUAGAAAGCAUACAAAAAAAUCUAAAAAUUAAGGCAUAUAAACGAUAAAAGGGUACCGCUUACAGACACUCACACACGCGCAUACCGAAAAACUCUUUCGCUAUCAUAAAUCAAAAUAAAUCAAAAUCAAGAGAACAUAGCAAAGGUUAAUGGAAAUAGAAAAUACAUGUGUGGUGUGCACUUUAAUAAAUUAAACACAGAGCGCUCGACCUCUUUCGUCUACGACGAUUCUAGCUAUCAGGUUAUAAAUUAAAUGAUUAAAUGCCAACAUCAUUCGUAAAACAUAAUCAAUACUAACAUAGGCAAAAAGAGUUGGGACACACCACACCCCUUCCGUUUGCUACAUUUGGUAAAUGUUUGCUUAAUAAGUGUGACAGCAAUGAUUGGUUGACACCGCAAAUAACCCUGCGAUUUGUUGUGUUUCUGUUCUUUAAAGUAAAGAUCGGAAGAAUGCAAACACUUUCCGUCAGUUAUCACAUUCUUUACCACAUUUUGAAUACAACAAAACAGAUAAUUAAAUAAUUAAUAAUAAGCGAGAAGUGAACAUCACGGCCCCAAAAAACACACACCGUCUGAUGCGAAAGCGAUCAACAACGGCAAAUAAUUCAAUUAAUCAAGUAUUCAUGUUUACCAUUUUAGCGAGUUUAAAGUUAGGUUUCACAAGGAUUAAUUUUUAGUCUAAAAAGUGAGGUAAUGCGAGGUAAUUCGGUAACCAAAAUACAUCUUCCUCCGCCACUUUCAUGCUAUAUCGGAUUUCAGAAAUAAUUCGCUACACUAAAUGCCUACUACUACCUCCUACCAAUCAACUAAUUUGUACUUCUCGCUAUUUUGUUUAUGUAUUUGAAAUAAUUAUGUUUAGUUGCUUUAUAUUCACGCGCGAAACGAUUCUUUAGGUUGUUUAAGCUGAAAAUAAGAAAUGUAGCGUUAACUCUCUUUUGCCUUCUAUUUGCUCCUCAAUGCGCUCUAGGAAGCGAAUCGCCCUUCACAAUUUCAAAGCAAAGUGGCGGUUGAUGGUUUGUGUAAGCAGGGGGGAUGAAAUGAAAUAGGAAAUCGAAUUUCAAAUACACGCUGCACUCCCUAUUUGAAUGCGCUUCACAGAUCGUAAUAUCAACACCAUACCCUUCUCUUCCUUUUGCAAAUCGUUCGAAAAUCGUUUAGCUAAGUUUAUAGAUUAUAUACUUUGAACCUCUGUGGUUCCUCGCUAGGCAAAAAACCCGGUUGCUUAGGUGUUCCAUGUUUUAUCAUCUUUUAUAAACAUAAUUUUCCUCUUCCUUUUUGCUCUCAUAAUUGAUUGAUUGAUACAUACUUGAUACUAGUAGUUGUUGCUUUUAGUACGAUUUCAUCCGUCUGAAUUUGAAAUUGAAUUGAAGAGGAACUAAGGAAAAGAAAUUCUACGACGAGAUAAAUUACACAGAGAAAGAGAAAGAGAGAGAGAGAGAGAGAUAGAGAAAGAGAGAGAGAGAGAGAGAGAGAGAGAGAGAGAGAGAGAGAGAGAGAGAACGAGAGAUAUGUAGAAUGAUCUUGCGCACGUCACAGAUCACGUUUGGCAGUUAGAGGAGGGGGUUUCAAGUAAGAACAUUUUCUAGUUCGAUCGAAUGAAACCUAAGACCACUAGCCUUCUGUUUGCCUCGUUCAUUUCACAACCCCGGACCCAUAUUGCACGGUCGCUCUAUCUUCUUCUCAGUUCCACUCUCCGGAACAUGCCACACACUACUUCUACCAUGUAGGUUAAACAGGUCAGAGCCGUCUUCUAAGAACAUUCUUCCUUCUGGCAGGAGUUUUGGCUUUGCUCAUUUUUCUCUCGGUCCAUAUUAUCUUCAUUUUUUCGUAACGCACUAUUCAGUUUAGCUCCUAAGUCGAUACUUUAAUUUAUAAAAAAGCCCUCACCCAGUGAGCACCGCGUCACCAGCUUUUAAAGGAGACUGAACUACACCCGCUUGAAUGGUGGCGCGACUCCGGGACACUACAAUCCUUUCUGAAAUAUAACCAUAAUAGAAUUGAAAAAAAAAAACCAAUGCCAAGAUGGAAUGCCCAGUGAUGAAUAUAUCGUCUCUCCACCAACAUCAUCAUCGCCAACACCGCCGCCGCUGCCGCCACCACAGGAAGCUCCAAGGAGAAGGGCUCCCACGAAGAAACACACGAGAAACACCCUUCCCAUCAUUCCCAUUUUUCGUUCACCGUUCAUAUAGUUCGUUAAGAAGCGAAGUAUUUUUGCGUUCUCCGUUAGAAUCAGUUGCAUCUCUUUCGGGUUUCACAAUAUACCGCACGAUUCGUCCGGAUUGUCUGAGAUUAUUUACCGACACCCAACCUCGGGAUCUUUCCGGUCUUUACGGAUUUUCACUUCUGUCGAAUCCAGAGGAAAAAGGGUAAAUUCUUUUGCCGCCAUCGUACCAUCGUCGCCAUCAUCGUCGCCGUCGCCGUCGUCGUCGCUACUCUCCCCUCCCUUCUCACCCCCCCGCGGGAAGCAUACUAGGUCAAAGAGUUUUGUUUUUUCCUCUUUUUUAAUUUAGGAUAUAAUGCAAAUAAUUGACAUGCCUGUGUGAUAAUAGUUUAUAUUUCCUGUCAUUAUCUGUAUUUAUAUUCUUUUCCUCUCGGGAGAAAAACGAUCCAACAGAGCGUGUGUGUGUGUGUGUGUGUGUGGGGGGAAGGCAACAAGGUGCCGGAAAUCUGGCUCCGUAGAGGAGAAGGAGGGCUGGUUUCUUUUUAAGUUGAGCCUCAUUGUUGUCCGUGCGAUGCAAGGCGCAAUCUCUCUGCUUACUAAGCGGUGGUGCUGACACACACCCGCGGAGAUACAUGAUACGGAGCAGUUGACCAAUGCCACUAACAGUAGUAACAGCAGUGGCAAAAAAAGAUGCAGGGAACAGGAACGAUGAUUAAGGUGGAGGAUGAGCGUGUACCUUAGUUAGUAUCACUGAACCCUGCGGAUGUGUGUAUUGAGUGCUCGGCGAACAUGGCAGAUGAGAAGCAAAAUUUGCUUUUUUUUGGGGUUGAUAAAGAAGAUGAAACACUGAAACCAAUUAUAUAUAUACUUGAAAGCUAUAUAUAUACAUAUAUAGAAUUGAUAAAGAUUUAUAUACAUACAACUAUUUUUUAAAGAGGAUGGAACGGAACACUGGAGGAAGGUGAAAUCGUAAUUAUUCUCAAAUUGCUAUUAACUUUAUGUUUUACUAUACGAUCCCGUUAGUUCGUAGCCCUACAAUUGUGUUUAUUAUUUUUAUUAUUUUUUAUUGUAAGUAUCAUGACGCGAUUAUUGAGCCUCUUAUCAAUUGCUACAACUGCUAUCCUUAGUUUUCUAUCUCGUUGUUUAGUCACUGGCAAACAAAGAGUUAUAUAGUUAAGAAGAAAGGAAACAAGAAGAAGAAGAGAUAAGGAACAGAAAAUGGAGAAAAUUGAAUGAAAUUUUGAAAAACCCAUGAAUCACAAUGCAAUCAAUCUAACUGUUGUUUUAUCGCCAGAGUGUGCGAACAAUCAGAAGCCAAAAAACAAUGAAGGCAAAACUGCAAAAUAGGAAUCACAACACAGGCGAAAAAAACAAGGAUUGAUAGAUUUUUUUGUUAAUUUUGUGGUGCACCAACUGGAAACAACUGGAAAAUAUGCAUAUAGACCCUUUGCAUUUCGGUUCAGGUAGCAAACCCUCUGUAAUGGAGGCUGGGAACACAGAAACAAAAUAUCACGUAACCGAGAAACAAGUUCAUCAUCAAAUCGCAGCAAGUACUAUUUAAGAAACAUACACUGACAGUAGUGGAAUUUAAAAAGGGCAAGUGAAACACACUGGAAAACGAAAAAGCUAAGAAAAAACUCUACGAAAUAAACAGUUGCAAAUGGAAAAAGGGGAACUAUCUAUAACAAGGAAAUAGGAAUCAAAUAGAAGUAAGCAAAAGAAUAUAAUCGAAUAGAGCACGCCGGCACACACACUCACACCCUCACGGGAAAGAGGGGAAGAAGUCUUUCCCGCGAAACGAUGAAAUGAAGUGAAGAUGUGGUAAACAUGGAAGGAAGUCAGGAAGAGAACGAUAAGAGAAGAAGAGAACGGAAUGCGGAAUGCGGAAUGCGGAAUGCGAAAGCGACGAAUACUACCUCAAUACCUCUAUUUAAAGUAACAUAUAAAAAGAAUUAAAAUGGUGGAACCAAUGAAAAUGAUACAACAGAAUCAACAAAAAAAGGGAAAAGAAAAUUAUAAAACCUGCUGCAUUAUCUUCUCACCUUCCCACACGCGUGUACCCGAUAGUAGGUUCAGGAAAAAAGGAAGCCAAAACUAAACUGGAAAUCCAUCGUCCAAAGCGGAUGUGGUCAUGACAUAGAAAUGGAACUCGCAAGAUAUAACAUAAAAUUGGAAAAAGUUUCCGUAUUUCAUUGAUUUUGCAAAAACAAACACAACACUUUAUUUUUCGCCAACACGCAAAAGAAAACACGUUAACAGGUGGUGGUAUAUGAAAAGUGAAAACUAUUUUCGGCAGGAAAGAACAAAAAAGGGAAAGCAAAGAGAAGUGGUAGAACAGCAGUAUACCUCUUCAUCAAGGUUGGCAUUGCGUCAACUGGACUGAGAUAUCCUUCUCACCCGGUUCCUAGAGUGUGUUAUGGGUUGCUUUGUCGCCGUUUAGCCAAACCACCACCUAAGUGGGUUUGAAUCGAACAAAAACCGAUACGAGAACAGGUCACGACGGAUUAACAAACAACCUCUCGCGGUACACGACUUCAUGUCAGUGAAACAGAUUGUAGAAUAUCCGGCCGGCUACCUCUCAUGUUAACAGGAAUAGCAGAAACACUGUGUGGAUUGUGAAGGGAUUGAGAAGUAUCAAAAGACGAUUAUAAACAGCUCAUCAAGCAAGCCAGGCCAAGGCAAUGUAAGGUAAUGGACUGUAAGUACAGUACCAACCAUCAGCAGAAACCAGAAGUAGCAGCAGUAGCAGCAGCAGCAUAUUGAAACACAAGAGAAGAGCCCAUACAAUAAUAAUAUGAAUUGAUAAUGCCGAUGAUAAUAAUUGAUUUUUUUAAUUUUUCUGAAUAAAUUUAAUUUUUUCAAAAAAAAGUUUCCAUUUAAAAAG